AUGACUGUAUUAGUUGAUACAUAUAGUGUUCCAGCGCAUGCAAUCAUGUCCCAGCUCUACAAAUCCAUCUGCUACGAGGUUCGGAUAGAGGAGGUUCUGGGAAGGUCGUAUAAUGCACCUAGGGAAGGCAAGAAGUAUGUGUUAUUGGAGGAUAUAAGCCCCAAAAUACUUAUUGCAAUGCGGGAUGUGGAGAGUGUGGUGUAUGUAUUCCACCGAGAGAUGCUAGACGAGAAAGAGUACAAAAUGAUCAAGUACUACACAAACGAGCUAGUGUACGUAGAGGGUGGCACUAUCAAAAUUGUUAAUAAAAAAACCAAAAAGAGGGAAACAUACGAAGUAGAGCGAAUUGUGGAUGCAGCAACCCAUAAAGUUACCCACAAAAUAAAAAAGAGCGCAAAAGAGCCAGAGAAGCAGACAAAAAGCUCGCUUCUGUCUAAAGAGCAGGCCCAGAGCAAAGACGCUUCGCUUCCUUAUAUCCGAGCCCAGGGGCAGGAAGAGGUGUAUUUCCCAGACGAGGAAGAGGAGCUAAGUGAAGACUUAGAACUAUCAGAAGAAGAAAUGUAG